GGUAUUUAAGCAUUUCCAGCAGACAAUGUUAGCUAUUCUAGAUAUGGAUUGGAGAUUUGGAUCUCAUUUCAUACAAUUGAUUGCAUUUACCAAAAUCUUGUUUCAAAUCAAAUUCUGGCUAUGUUGGGAACUAAAUAACUAAUGCCGUGCCUUUAAUUUUUUUCGUUGAAUGCCGAUUGCCGACUGUUGAGUGCUACUGGUGAAUGCGCAUUUCUUUAAGUAGUUUUGUCAUUUUUAGAUCCAUUUCUAUUUCUCUACAGCUUCAUGAUUUAAUUAGCAGGGUUGCUCUGAUACUUUAUGCACAUUUAUGUUUUAUAUAGAAAUCAAACAAAUGUUAGUUGUGAUUUUUGUGUGUUUAUAGAAUUAUUUAUAGGGGCAAAGAAGCAAUGGAUCCUCUUAGUCUUGACAAUAUUGACAUAUUAGCUUAUUGGGUGGCUGAGGAGCCAACUCUUCUUAAUAAAGAUGAUUAUGAUGUAGAUUGGGCGCAAUUGAUGAGUCUUUGCCAAAUCAAAUCCUUGAUGAUACUGAUAGUAUUGUUUAUGAUGAGGAAGAUGUCCCACAAGUUCCUCUUGAAAAUGAAAGUGAACAACUUUGGACUGGAGUUGGUGGAGUUACAGGUUAUGGAAUUCCUCCAGAUGAGAAUCUUUAUAAUUAUGUACAAGAUCAUUAAUUUUGUUGUUUGUUUAUAAUUGUCACUUGACAGAAACAAUCGAAGAACUCUUGUGAUGAACCAUUAGGUAUCUGUUUCAUCAUUCAAUCUUAUUAACUUUUAUAAAUUGAAUGUGAUUUG